UCUGAACUGCAUUUCUCUCAGUGGCUGUAUUUUCAGUGUUCUGUUUCCUUCUGUGUGUCUUAAUAUGUUUUUAAACCUCCUGGUGAAUUUUUUAACUCACUUGUUUUGCCAUAUUUGAGCUUUACCCAUUAUAUGAGUUUUCACCUUGUGACCCACACAUACAUUCAAUUAUUAUGUGUCAAGAAAAAAAAACAAACUAGAUAUUAAUUGUUGUCAAAGGGUUAGCUCUGGUGAGAAGAGAAGGACAGAGCAGAGGGAGGUGCCUUGUGAAGGGUCUCCUGGUGUUGGCAGUGCUCUAUAGGUUGGCUGCUAUGGGAGAAUGAAGAGUCCAUGUCUGUGAGCAAAUUGCAUCACACACACACACACACACACACACACACACACAUACAAAAUCUGACAGCGAUCAGAGAAUGGAUCAAUAUCCAUAUCCUGAUUGGAAUAUUGAACAAUAGUUUUGCAAGACGUUACCAUGGGAGGAAAUCAGAUAAAGAGAACUCUUGGUAUUGUUUCUUAUUCUUACCUUGCAUUGUUCCGCAUUGGCACAGGAAAGCUUACAUUAAGAAGCCCCUGUCUCAUGGAACUCCCGUGAGGGUCAUAUUAGGUUGCACUUGGCAAAGGGAAUUCCCUUGCAGCUGCUGGUUCUUCUCAGCUGUCCCAGCGCUGCCCGUGCUGAGCACGUAGCUCGGAAUGGAGACUUUAUUCAGGUGGGGAGUUGCACAAGAGUGAGAGGCUAUUUUUUUAAGUACGAGCUGAACGGCACUCAAAGAUGGAGCUGCAGCCCACAGUGUGCUGGCUUGUCGAGGCGCCACAUGCAGAGUUCAAACCCAGACAGGACCUCGAGCUUUUCAACUCUAAGCUCACUACCCUCAAUGAAGGCGUUUUGUUCUCUCUUCAGAACAGCCCAGAGAAAACAUCUGAAGUGGAGUGUGGGGACUUUUACAACAGUGGGGAUAGAGCAACUGUUGACGAGGACGGAUACUUCUGGUUCUUGGGGAGGGAAGAUGAUGUCAUCAAUGCUUCUGGGUACCGCAUCGGGCCUACAGAGGUGGAGAACGCCUUGGCGGAGCACCCAGCGGUGGCAGAAUCUGCCGUGGUGAGCAGCCCAGACAAGAAUCGAGGAGAGGUAAGGAGGGCGCAGAAGCCCAUUGUUGAAAGCAGGAGCUAGAGUGACAGGGGUAGGCAGACUUCCAAGGUCUUGGCAUAACCCCGGAACCCAGGAU